GCGGGACGUCCAUCAGUAACGAUGGACUUCCCCAACUUGGUGUAAAAUUUUCGUUCAAAUGUUCGAACAGGGCACGUUAUCGAGCCUAAAUUUCAGUGUUUUUCAGUGUGAUUGUUCAACUUUGAUGCUUUGUGCGUUCCAAUUUAAUCAAUCAAGAUAAUUAUCAAGAUUAGCAAUUAACCACGGAUAAAGUGUGUUUGCGCCCGAGCGAAAGUCAUGAUAGUCAGAAGGCUUGCUUAAGUAGUGGAUUACUGCAACUACAAAAUGUUGAACAGCGAGGAAGAAUUCGAGUCCCAAACGCAAUCGGCAAUGUCGAAAGCGGAAUUAAGAAGGAGCAACAAACCAAUUAUGGAAAAACGACGGCGCGCUCGAAUUAAUCAAUAUCUCGAUGAACUGAAGAAUUUUAUACUCGUUAACGAAAAAGACCCAACUAGGCAUUCGAAGCUCGAGAAGGCCGAUAUCCUCGAAAUGACGGUAAAGCAUAUACAAACGAUGCAACGGCAGCAUUUGAGCACAGCCAUCUCCAACGAUCCGGUGGUGUUAACGAAAUUCCGUUCCGGAUUUUCUGAAUGUGCCACCGAAGUAUCGCGAUACGUCAGCCGUCUCGAGAACGUCGAUCCCGCCGUAAAGCAACGAUUGCUAUCGCACUUGAACAGCUGCGUGGGCCAUCUCCAGCAAAUGGCUCCGUUCUACAGUCACUACGUACCCUACAUACCAGAGCGUCUCUACCCAGAGGUAAAGGUCGGCUUCCAGAGCGAUUUCCAGAAUGGGGAUGAGAAUAACAACGGUAGCGCAAGAAUACAGAUACCGAACGGAGUGCAAUUGAUCCCGAGUCGACUGCCGAACGGCGAAUUAGCAUUCUUAGUGCCGCAAUCCGCCGGCAUAUCUGCCAAUUUCUCUUUCUUCCCAUCAGUUGCGGAUUCAUCUACGAAAACCGGUCAAUCCUCGGCUUUCACCGCGGUUCACAGAUCGCACAGUCCAUUGCUGAGCCCGUCGACCUCUACUUCCAGCUACGGCGACGAGAGUCAUCAUUCGGAACAUCCACAGGCGUCAUCGCCUACUCAUCCUCAGCCGCAACGUCGAUUCAAGUUACCGGAGCAGAGUCCUGCGUCCUCUUCAAAGAGCUUCUCGUCCUCCCCGGAGACCCAAAAACCGCAAAUUAGCUCAACUAGCGACCGAAAAUCACCGACGACAACAUUCCUGGAACCUAAAGUCGUGGACGAUAAGAUCGCAACGAAAAAAGAUGUAACGGAAGAUUCGGAGAGCGUCAAUCAUAAUGUAAACAGCUUCGUAGCACAGAGUUUGCGACAACCUCUUUCUGUAAUUACAGACAAAACUUACAAUCGCCCUUCGAAUGGUUCGCUGUUCAAGAAAGAUAGUCUCAAGAGACGUCAUUCCGACGGGCUUUUAGCGAUCUCGGAUAAGAGACCGAGAUAUCAGGAACCCACUAGUUCGAUCUCCUCGAUGAAUAAUGCCGACGCACAUAAGAGCACAAAUGAGCAGACCGCUGCGAUUUCGACCGGAGACUUGCCGCGAAAUCAGAAUUGCCAGGCUCCACGAAAUUCUAAUUCAAAUUCCGAUAAAUUCGUAAUGAAUCCGGCAGAUCCGUUCAAUGCUAAUGGCGAUAUGUGGAGACCUUGGUGAUUAUUAUUGCCGAAAAUGAAAGAAUAGAUGUAUUUUAAAAUUAAACCAGAAUAAAAUUUAAAAAUAUCCUAGUACAAAGAAUCAAAUUAGGUAAAUUUUUUAUCUUAACUUUUACUUUUUGCAAGUUUUGAAACAUAAUUGAUAGUAGCAUAUCAUGGAUUGUAUCAUUUUACACAUUUUGUCAUUUGCUAACAAUUUACAUAAAUCACGAAUAAUUAGUGGCAGGAUUUUUGCGUGAUACUGUAUUACAUAUUUAUUAUUAAACCUAUAUUUUAUAAAUAUUGCGUUACAGAUUAGUAAUUUAAUUAUGUUAAGAAUUAGUUCAAAGAUCAAUAAGGUCAUUACCGAACACAAUAACGGUUUUGUGCCAAAGCGUGAAACUAAUUACAAUAUUUUUGCAACAAGAUUAUUAAUGCAUUCUUUGAUGCAUUGGUACGUUGUAUCCUCGCCAUUUCAUAAAGACUCAUAAGCUUUAAAUAGGUUAAACAAGACUUCUUAUUAAGUUGGUCACAACGCGUAAUAUGUGAAUAGAGCCCUGUAAAUAUAUAUAUCUAUU